AUGUCUUCAGGAAGCUCCGCUGGCGACCCGAUAAUGACAGACUUUGAGGGCCACACCUUCGAGUUCAUGGGCGAGGUGGGCAAGUUUUAUGACGUCAUAUCGGAGAAAGAUCAUCAGAUGACGAUGAAGCUGAAGCUGGGCCAGAUGUGGGAUCACAACGGGACUUACAUGGAGGGCAUCGGCUUCCGCUACCAGGACCACACGGUCGUCAUCGAGCUGGCCUCCGAUGACAGCAUGCACGUGUCUUUGGAUGGCACCCAGCUGGAGAUGGCAGAGGAUGAGAAUGAGCAGGAGCACAUUCUGGGCCUGGAGUCUGGAGAGAUGAUGCUGCUGUGGCAGCUGCACUGCCCGGGCAUGGGCCAAGCUGUCGAGAUCACCACCGAUCUGCUGUGGAUUGUCAUCUACUUCACCCCUGCCGGCACGCGCGAUGAGGGCGGUGUGAUUCAGCCUGCCUACAUCAACUUUGAUGCUGCCCUGCUGGAGGCCCCAAUGCACGAGCUCAAGGGGGUAAUUGGAGAGGGCUACGGCCGACUGGCGUCGCCCACAAAGCCAUCUUUGCCGCGGGACGACUUCAAAUUCCACGGUGACGAGAGAGACUAUAUUUUGGACAGCUAUUUCCCGGCCGUGACUCACAAGGUUGCCAGGGCGUUUUCGCGUGGCUACAGCGCUUACGGGGGAAACCGUAAAUUGAUCGAGAGCAAUGACGUGGAAUUUCCUCUGUCCUUCCGGUCAGGGCGUUCCCUCCGCGCCUGA